GUCCAUAUCAUUACAUUCCUAGCAUGGCCAUCCCUCAAAAUGCCGUUGAUAGAUCACGAGCCAGUAGCUCUGAGCUGAGCGAACUGUCAUCCGAGGAGAACAAAGCAUCUAAGACUCCAAAGACCGUCGGCAAGAAGCGCGCAAGAUCAGCAGAGGAUAAAACGGCUGGCCCAACCAAGCCAAAGGCGAAAAAAGUCAAGGCAAGCGGCAAAUCCGCAGGGGAAACGAAGAAUCCAAAAGGAAGUAACUCCAAGAAGCCAACAAAGGAGAUCGUCAAGAAGGAGAAGGGAGCUAUUCAAGCAAAGAAAGACUUUGUGGUUGCUACGGCUUUAGGGGCCUCAGCAAUUCUGCACGAAGAUUCAGAUCUCUCCGAUAUUGAAUCCGACACUGAACGUACGAAAAAGCAAGCUAGCUCGAAAGUCGCGCUGAAGAAAAAAGCGACCAAGGUAGCGAAAGAGCCAAAGGAGAAGAAAGAAAAAAAGGCAAAUGGAGAGACCAAAAAACAGACGAAGACUGCCGGAAAGAUGAAAGAAAAGGCUCCCAAAGGUGCUUCGAAGAACGCGCAAAGGGGUAAAGAAAAAACGCAAAAGAAGACCAAAGAAGCCGAACCCAGGGAUGCUAAGCCCAAAUCUAGAGUGAAGAAACCCGAAGUCAUCCCAGAACCUCCUAUUUUUGAGAAAGUGGUCACACGAUUAGGACAUGAAGAGGCUGAACAACGUAUGGCGCUGCGCGAAUUCCUUUGGCGGUUUAGACAGAUUUUAUCAAUUCCUGAACGUUCAUUACCGGCUCUUGACGACUUUGAUCGCCCUAUUACCGAGUCGAAUGUCAGGUUAAUAUCGGGAGCUCUGCUGGAUGUCAUCAAGGAUGAAUUAGAGGCGUCGAAGGAUGAGGACAAUGAGGAUUUGAAGGAGACAUUAUUCAAUUUCCGCGAAGAGCUGCGGUAUUACGCCGAUGUCCCCCGAUUCGCAUCCAUAUUCCAAAGCUUGAUUGAACCCCUCGGUCUUGAGCUCCCGCCGGCGCCAUUUGAUCGCAGAGCUGAGGCUAACGAGGCUGCUUUGCGGUCUCUCUUUGAUCUGGGGGAUGAUCAACCUGCGCCUGCAUGGGCAACCGAGCUUUCUGUCCCUUCUCGCCGAGGUGCUUCCCGGAUGCCUCAGCCAUCUGAAGUCGUUAGAAUGCUGCUAGCAUUGGUGGAACGAACCCUUACCACGCCAAAAAUCAAAAACAGUAUGGAGACAUUUGCCUUGGAGACGCAGGUGAGGAAAGAGCAUGCGAAUCUGUUGAAGAAGGAGCAGACGGCAUGGGAGAAACGGAAACAGAGACUGCAAGAAGAACGGCUCUUGUGUAAGACAGCGGCGGAGACCAAAGCCAAUGUUUCUCAGACUACGAAAGAGUCUCACGAACACAAUUUACGGGUAGCGCAGUACAAUACAAAUAUGCGCGCUGGGAUCAACCAAACGUCUCUGCGGUUCGAACCUUUGGGCACGGAUCUUGAUGGUCGCAUAUACUAUGCUUUGAGUCACCGUCCGGUUGACAACGAUAGCAAAGCUCCUAUUGGAUGGGGCACUGGCAUACUGAUUUGGGGACCUGCGGUUGCGGGCAAGGUAACCGAAGACGACAACUUGCCUCACUCAAUAGAGAGGUGGAGUCACUUUGGCAAGUCCAAAGACGUUAAGCCUCUUAUUAAAUGGUUGGAAUGGAGGUAUAAGAAGGCCGUUGAGUCUGCUAAGCCCAAUGGUACUGCAACGGCGACCCAUGAAGACGCGUCGCCCGACGAUACGUUAACUCAAUCCAUAAGUCAGCUUGCUAGCCAUGUGCGUUCGCAAAAGCAUGUUCGCCAUGAAAAAGAUGACGACGCAUCGAGCGCAUCUUCUGGACUUACGCCUCCUCCAACAUCCUCUCGAGAAGAAAUGAUGGCUCUUAUAAAUCCUCGUAAUUACACUCCAAGUGCCGAGACAUUGGAGGAUAGAGGCAAGAGCUUAACGAGCAGAUUGGGGGAUGUCGCGGAAUGGCUGGAAGUGUUGGAGUGGAAGGGUCUUGGGGAGCCUUAGACAGGAAGGCAUGUGCAAAUCAGCCAUGCAUCUGUAUAUGUUUUUGUAGAGUCGGUAGAGUCGUAGACGAGUGUAUGACUUCAUACGAAUGCAUGUCCUAUAGAUCGCCUG